GGAAAGGUGGCCUGAGUUUGCAAGUGAAGCGUGUAAUGUGUGGCUUGGCAUCUCAACUGAUGGGUUUAAUCCUCGAGGCAUCCAAUCUACCGGUUAUAGUUGUUGGCUAGUUAUCUUGGUAAUGUAUAACUUUCCACCAUCACUAUGUAUGAAGGAAGAGUUUCAGAUCAUGUCGUUGUUGAUACCAGGGCCUAAAGCACCGGGGCAAGACAUCUGUGUUUUUCUUCAAGUAUGAAUAGAGGACCUGCAACAACUUUGGGAGGGUAUUGAUGCAUAUGAUAUGCGUUUAAAAUAGGCAUUCAAGUUGAGAGCAAUUCUUAUGUGAGGUAUUCAUGACGUACUUGCAUACGGAAAUCUAUCUGGAUGUGUAGUUCGUGGUUACAAAACGUGUCCUGGUUGUGCAGAUGAGAUGGAAAGUAAUUGGUUACCUCACUCCCGCAAGAUUGUGUACAAAAAUUUCCGAAGAUUUUUGAAGACAAAUCAUCCUUUCAGGUCAAGCAAGUAUAUGGGACUCCAAACAAAAGAGAAGGGAUUUGCACCAGUUCGAUUAACCGGACAAGAAGUAAUGGCGAAGACCAGUCAUGUUCAUUAUGUUCCUGGUAAGCUUUCCAAAGACGGUAAGAAGAGAAAGAGAGAUUUUUAUGAAGUUGAUUGCGAUGAUAUUCAUUCACCAACUAAAGCGUUUUACAAAAGGUCGAGGCCGUUGGAUAUUCCAACAUGGAUUUAUAAUGAAUAUUGUUACUGUAUUGAUGUAAUGCACGUUGAGAAGAAUGUUAGUGAACAUCUUGUAGAUGCUUUACUUGACUUAAAGAAGAAAUAAAAAGAUAGUGUGUUUGCUAGGAAAGGUAUGGAGGCUCUGAAUAUUCAGAGGGGUCAAUGGAUUACUGAAGAUCCUGAAACUGGUAAAGAUAUCGUACCUGACACUCCUUAUAUUUUGAGCAAGAAGGAAAGAAAUGACUUUUUGAAGAUAUCGAAAGACAUGAAGUUUCCGACUGGAUUUUCCUCAAAUCUUGGAAACAAUGUCACUCUUCAACCUCCCGGCCUGCACUGUUUGAAGUCGCAUGACUUUCAUAUGAUUAUGGAAUAUUUGCUGCCAGUUCUGCUACAACAUGCUUUCCCGCGCUACCCAGAUCUUCGGAGGGCUCUUCAACAAAUCAGUUUGUUCUUUAACAGGCGAAAUACAUGGUUGCUGAGGCAUUAUGU